AGUUCUGGCUCGGUUACCUUAGACAAGCUCCAGCACACGGCCGCGCCAGUCGUACGGACGCGCACCAACGAAGAAACGGGCAGGCUCUCGCGUCACUAACCCGCUGCGCACUAUCAUCACAUUAUCAUCGGCAUCAGCCCGUGGCUUUCCGGCAACAUUGUGCGGCUUAGUUUACACAACGCAGUGUUUAUGCUCCGAUCGUACUACGUACGAAAUAGUUUCCGAUAUCGAUAACGAUUGCCGAAGAUCCACCAGCUCGAAGGUCGUAGUCGCGCACAGUGAGGGUGGUUUUAGGGUGUGAGAAAAAAAAACCGCGUUGAUUGUGGUGCCAUGUGAUAGUGAAAAUACGCUUCCGUCAGUGUUGGUGUGAGUCAUAAUUCAACCCCCUAGUUGUCUGUCUGCCGGAACGCCACCGCGGUGGUGGUUGUGAGGAAAGAUAAUUAGCGCAUUAGGUGCGAUAAAGCAGUGUCCACGCGUCUCCAGCUCUAGUGUGAGUGUGAGUGACCGAAAAACCGUUUUGCUCCGCGGUAGUGACGCCUGGUGCGGAUUAGUGCAGCGAUGAGAAGCGAUAUGCGCCGACCCAGUCUGGAUGGUCGCACUAGCGACGAAGACACUCCGCUGUUGGCACCGUCCAGACCAACAUCUAUGGCUGCCUCAUCUUCAGCAACAGCAGCACCACCAGCAGCAACGGCCGCUUCAUCCACCUGCUCGUCGAGCGGAGCGAUAGUGUCCAGCGUGUCCGAUCGAUUCUGUACAUUCGAACCGAUACUGGUACUGCUCUGCUUCGGGCUCAGCGUGUCAGGCGUGGUGCUUGCGGACCAAAUUAUCUAUCAAUCGUGCGUCGUUACGCUCGGCUAUGACCGUGCGCUCUGUGCCCAGCUGGGCACCAAAAGUAACUCCACCGAUGUGGCCCAGCUCGAAACGAUUGUGCAACCGUACGCGGCCAAGAUCACGAUGGUGAACACGAUCCUGAUGUCGGUGCUGCCCGCGCUCUGCGCCCUCUUCAUGGGACCAUGGUCGGACAAGUUUGGCCGCAAGCCGGCCAUGAUUGUUCCGUCGGUGGGGUUCAUCACGACGUAUGUCAUGAUCGGUAUACUGUCGCUCCUAUCGAAGCACUUCCUGGUGGAUCCUUGGUGUUACGUGGUGGCGCACAUACCGGCCGCAGUGCUCGGUGGUAGCACCGUGCUGAUGGCGGCCAUUUUCAGCUACCUGACCGAUACGACGACGGAGGACAAUCGGACCGUGCGGAUAGGCAUCCUGCAGGCGUGUACCAUGCUCGGUGCGUUCGUGGGGCUGUUGUCGAGCAGCUUCAUCCUGCAGUGGACCAAUGUGCCCACCAUGUUCUUCCUGUCGGCUGGUACCGUUUCCGCCAGCUGUGCCUUUCUGUACUUCUGUCUCGAGGAUAGCAUCAAACCGGACGCAAGCAUGGUCCAUCGGCAGGUGCGAGAAAUCUUCCGAUUAAGCCACUUGCGCGAGUUGCUUCGAACGUUCUUUAAGAAACGAUCCUCGUACGAUCGAGGCAUCGUAUGGCUGACGAUCUCGAUCGGUGUGAUAACGGUGCUCGGAGCAGGUGGUGGCACCGUGUUCUUCCUCUACACGCGACGCCGCUUUGGCUGGACGAUACAGGAGUUUACCAUCUGGCAGGCGGUGGAGUUGUUAUCUAUAGUGGCUGGCAAUGUGAUCGGUAUAUCGGUGCUCAAGACGCUACUCAAGCUACCGGAUAUCUGGUUGGCUCUGCUUUCCGUACUCAACUAUUCGCUCGAUGCGCUCAUCAAGGGUCUCGCGCGCCAAGGAUGGGAACUGUUUCUGGCCACCGGAAUUACACCGCUGAAAGCCACCGAAGGCGCCGCCCUGAUGGCCAUCUGUUCGUCUAUAAUACCGUCGAGUGAAAUUGCCAAGUUUUACUCGAUAGCGAUGGCCAUGACGAACACCGUUUCGUUGGCCUCUGCGCCUCUGUUUACCUACAUCUACAAUGCGACCGUUGCAACGUCUCCGCAGGUGUUUAACUUCGUGUCGUCAGGAAUAUUUUCGCUGAACGUCGUGCUGGUGGGAGUCAUUGCGGUGUUGCUGCGUAAGCGAAGGAAAGCUCAGGUUGAUCCGCUGUUUACACAAGAUAGCGAAAUAUUAACGUGAAAAACGUGAACGCGCCCCGGCGCGCCAUGUGUCCCCGGAAUGUUCCUAGUCAUGAUAAUAAAUAAUGGUUAGUGUACGUCAUGUUUUUACAAAUGUGAUGUGUAUGUAAGUAUUAAAAUCGAGAGCGUCGCGUGUGUAUGCAUACUUCCGUUUCUAAGUUGUUAGAAUGUUAACAAAGGCGUUAGAUUAAACAAAUUUAAGGAAGCAGAUGUGUACAAAUAAAUUCAAGCCUUUUGUGUAAGUCAA